AUGACCUUCACCAAUAAAGAUAACGAAGUUUCUUCAUCCAAUAAGAAGUACAGAAACGUGAGGGAAUGGCUGUAUAAGCGCGUGCGAAAGGCGAUAUCACGACAGAGGUUAAAGGAUACAGAAGAAAUCACAUACACACAGCGAAAGACAGACUCCGAGCGGUCGUUCACAAAACCAGCAUGUGUGGAUGUGUCCAAGAUAGACGUGAUCUUCCUUGCACCAAGAACACCGGUUGAUAGCAGACGUGUCUCAUCUCACCCACCGAUUCUGCCUCCAAUCCGCCUAACACGACCAGACUCGAGCGUCUUUCGGAAUGUCAAUGCAUGGCUGGAAGCUAGUGUAAACACACCAUCACCGCCGCUCAUGUCUGGGAUCUCAUACUGGAAAGAGGCAACAGUUCCCAAUGUCAAAGGCUCGGCAGUCGCCCAAUAUGCUGUGCCACUAUCUGUAGCCUUAGGCAUAGCCAGGCCGACAACAGCUACAAAACAACAAACGCCAUGUUUCCGACGUUCGGCUAGAAAGGUGCAAGUUCAGAUGCCUUCAAUACUACGUAACAAGUCUGCGCAUCUCCCGGGUAAGAAGCGGAGGAGAAGACAAUCAGUGUGCAUAACUCCUCUGUCUAUUUCCUACGACAACGUCCAAGAAGAUACCACUCCUAUGCUCAUAACACGAUCGACGUCCUUCCUAAAACCUUUGAUACCGUCGCCGAGGCGGCAAACAUCGGCGCGUCACAGGUUAUUGAUAUCUGUCAGCGAUUCACGAGAGUGUACUCCUUUUCGACAUGGCACACCCAACAGUGCAAGAUUCGGUGACGUGGAAAAUGACCCUGAGCGACAUGUCUACAGGACUUUUAUGCGCACAGGGCGAGGCACAGACAGCACAAGGCCGUCUACAGAAUUAGCAGGUCUUGUUCGCGAAGACUCCGUGGGAGAUUUGUCCGAUGCCCCUACAUACUCCUCCGGCCCACCGCCCCCGUCGUACCGGUCGCGCCGCGAAUCGAUGCUUACUACGUCGUCUUUCGGUUGUAUUGACGGAAUGAACCCGGCACAACGUCAAGUCAGUCAGCAGCGAGCAGCAUUACAACGGGGGAUGAGAUGCAAGCUGAAGAGGCUUGCUCAAAAUUUUGUGAUUUGA